AUGGAGAUCAAAAAGAUCGACCUCCGUGGGCUGAAGCCUGGCGGACCAGGUUGGGACGACGCUCGGGAUGCGGUCACCGCGUCCAUGGUGGCCAACAGCUGCGUCGUAGUCCAGCACGAUGGGCUGAACAGGGACAUCCGGCAGGCGCUGUUCGGGCGCGCCAUGCCGGAGCUCUUCGCGUUCCCGGUGGAGACGAAGCGGCGCAACGUCUCCAACGAUGUGCAGUACGGAGGGUACAUCGGACAGCUGCCGGGGAUGGCCGGCUACGAGAGCAUGAGCAUCGAGGACGUCCCCGACCACGGCCACAUCAGCGACUUCGCCAAGCUCUUCUGGCCGCAGGGCAACCCCGCCUUCUGUGAAACAUCUGCCGGAUUCGCCAGAGAUGCUAUUCAGCUGGAGCGGACGGUGACGAAGAUGGUGUUAGAAGGCCUCGGCGUCCGGGACAAGCACGCCCUCGACUCGCACCAUGACCGGCUUCGCUACACCCUCCGGAUGGCCUACUACGGAAGUUCCCCCGAAGACGACGCGGCCAAAAUGUCCAUGCCGGAGCACCGCGACUACGUCAUGACCAGCAUGAUUGUGCAGCACCAAGUCGAGGGCCUGGAGGUGCAGUUAAAGGACGGCAGCUGGUUCUCCGUGCCUCCUGAGCCGGACACUUGCGCCAUCGUCGCCGGCAGCCUAUUCUCUGUGGUGACCAACGGACGGGUGCAGGCCUGCCUCCACCGCGUCAGGACGCCGAGCAACCGCGACCGCUUCUCCGCGCUGCUAGGCUGCAUGCCCACCAAGGGCAGCAUGGUGAGAGCGAUGGACGAGUUCGUCGACGAAGGCCACCCUCUGAUGUACCAUCCCUGCGAUCCUUACGAGUAUGUCAGCUUCCAGUACUCGGAGGAAGGGCGCAAAUCCAAAGACGCGCUCAAAUCUUUCUGCGGAGUAGUUAAAGAUGAGCCUGCUGAGGCAGCAUGAUAGCGAAGAUCUGCGUUUUGUCACUCCCAUGGAAGAAAUCAUCUCAGUCCCCCGAUCGAGCAGGGAACUAUUUCAGGGAUUUCAUAAUUAGUUCUCAUGUUUGUUCUUUUUGGUAUUAUUACUGAUGGACCAUACUUUCCUUUGGUUAUAUGGAUACUUCUUUUUCUGCUACAGCAU